AUGGAGUAUCAUUGGGGCUGCUUUGCUUGCCUAUGGCCGAAUUGGAGCGGCCAGGCUGGUCGCAUCUACAGGGGCCAGGUGUCACGGCUCCUAAACUACGGCGCGGUCAUCAGUUUCGAGACCUCCGAAGGAAAGCACGAAGGAUGGCUACACCCAAGUGACCUGCCAACUUCAAGGAAUGGGCAGUGCUUUGUGAUGAUUGUAGGCCAUUCAGGGACGAUGCACAAGCUGGCUGUCCACUUGGAUCAAGAGAGUGUCAAGGCACUGUGUGAUCAGGGUCAAGGGGAGGACAAUAAGCCCAGGGCGCCUGGUAAUCUGCGCCGAUUGAAUAUCUUGAAAGAUGGUAUCAGAAUUCUUGAAGCUUGGUCUUCGUCAAGUGGAUCAAAACAUGGACCACUCGCGCAGACCCUUCCAGUUUGCAAGGGGGAUAGACUGAACACGCAUCCUUGGACGACGGUCUUGAGGCCAACCCCACCGCUUUCUCCUCAGCCGCAGGGCGGCGAUUGUGUGCCGGCCUUGGUAGGGGUCGUGAAGGGUCGCGAUGCUGCGCGGUCUAGACUUCUGCAGUAUCGGGUUGAGCCAGGUCCUCCUCCGACCCCUCUUUCCUGCCCUCUCCCUGACUUCGGAGAGUCAUCCUCUGCCUUCGAGCUACCUAGCUCGCUUGAUCUUCCUUCUCUGCUCUUGGGCUUGGCCUUUGGACUUUGCUUUGGGCCGAUCGUGGACUUACUGUUCUUGGUUCGUCACGGUUGGGCUCGACUUGUUCGUGUGCAAGCUCGAGCGGCUACUCGAGGUGUUGAGGGCGGCCUGCCCCCUGCUGUUGAACGUUUACUGCGGGACCUCAGGGCGGAGGUCCGGACCCUUUCUCUCCGCACCCAGGCUCUCGAGGCUCGCAUCGCCCUCCUCGAGGAGUUUGAGGUGGUUGUCGCCCCUUCUUCUUCCACUUCGCGUGUGCCCUCCAGAGGUCCUGCCUCGGCAUCCACUCCUCCCUUGACUCCUGCCCGGCCUGCUUCCACAGCUGCGGUCCCUUUUCCUUCUCCGACUUCCUCUCUUUCGGAGCCUGCUGAGGUUCCAUUGGAGGCAGCCGACACCGAGGGCCGAGCCGCUCUGGCACGUGAAAUCGGUGCUUUCCUUAGGCGGUCCUUGGACGGUGGGUAUAGGGGCAAUUCGGGUCGUAGUCGGUUGAGGUUGCAGAGUAGGCUGUACGUCGCUCUGAGCGACGCCCGUGGGGAGCCCUUCCCCGAACCUCGGGUCUUCUCACGUGUGUCUGAUCUUCGCAGUGCAAUUUUCAAUCGGGGCAAUCCGGGGGAGUCUACCUUCAUCGGCUUCGCUUCUCAGUGGGAGGCUCGACUUGCCUUGAGGGAGGCUGGUGUCACUGUGCCGGCCGAGUUGGCUGGCCUUGCUGCUCCCGUGCCCGAGGGAGAGCCGGGUGCGGAAGUGGAGGAGGAGGAGGAAGGCGAGCCUCUUACUUUGCGUGAUUGUUUGCUUGACCUCGGCGAGUUGAUUGACCCUCAUUCUGUCUCGGUGGGCAUUUUGGCCCCGGGACCUGCAGCAGCUCCCGGAGCCACCGUGGCUCUGAUCCCUGUCACUGUGAGUGACGACCUCUGCCUUUGUGCUGUGCCGCACGCAAGUUGGAAUAAAGCAAUCGCCCGACGCAAGCUGCCAAAGGGAUGCCUGGUCCGCGCUGUGAACGUGGAGGUGCCGGCUCAAGGCGAGCCCCCUUCGCUAGCCCAUGCUGCCUUGAAGGUGAAGGUUUGGAUAGGGUUUUUGGAUCGGACUCAGGAGUCCUGCUGGACGGCCGGAGGAGGAGAAAGCGCUCAGUUUCCCUUUCGUGUGUCCGGAAGUCCCGGGGCUACGGCAUUGCCUUUUUUCCCGGCACUUCUUCAAGUUGCUCAGGAGCAGUUUGGCUUCGAGACCGGCCAGUCAGGGCUAGGGGCGGAGACGGCGGAAGAGCCAGACCCUUUGGCCCUGCGGGUCGGCGCCAUCGAGAAGGCGCUCGGCUCGGUCCAGGUUGGUUUAGAGAAGCUUCUUCAGCAGCGCCCUGCUGCGCCUGCCGGGCCCGCGGCCGCUUCCGACCUGCCUCGCAAACCUGUGCCGGUGGACGACAUCCCUGCGCCUCCGGGCCUCGACCCGAGCACUGUUGCCGAAGCCAGGCGAGCCGGGGUGCCGGAGUCCCAACUGAGGCUCUUAGGCGAGCUUGCUGCGAAGCCGAACAGGAUGGGAGACGGACGGGGAAAGCCCAUCACUCGCGCUUCCGGGCCUCUCUCCGAGUCCGAAGGAGAGGAGGCCCCAGGCGCCGGCGGAGCGGGCUUGACAGUCGAGGAUGCCCGGGCCCUUCCCCCUAUGGAGCGGGCCGUCCUGGAGAUGAGCGCUGUACUUCAGCGUCUGGCGAAGAAGGAAGAGCGCCCCCGCGCCGACCUCGAGGACCUCAGCAGCUCUCAGUUCGACGGCUCUGGUGCAGGAGGAGCUUCUCGUUCGAAGGCGGCGGCUUACUCAAAGUUGUGCCGCCUGAUCAAGGAGGAGGAGCCGGAGAGGAUCGUGGAGUCCAUCAGCCGGCUGGUGGAGGAGGACUUCUCUGGGAUGAGAGCCGGGCCGGGUUCAUCGCAGCACACCGCGACGAUGCGGGGAUGGUUAGAACACCGAUCUCAUAUCCCCGGCCUCGCUGGCCCGGUCCGCUGGGCGUGGGCGGUCGCGGGAAGAGCCGACGCCCUCGCGGCAGGUCGGCCGGAGGAGGCUCAUGCCCGGAGCUUGCUGCUCCUUGCAGCAGCGGACCAAGCGGCCGUAGACUCCGGCUCUUGCCUCCUCGGUGCCGAAUUUCAGCUUCCGCGGGCCAGAGCUUCACGAGCAGCAGCACACGCGGAUCUUGGAUCCGAGAUGGAUCAGCGUCGCCGUGGCCAGGAUCAAAGAACGAGAGGCGCAUCGCUUGGAUGUUCCUUUGGUACUAACCCGCACUUGGUGGAGCCGGGUCGGGGCCAGUGCUUUGCUUCGGCGUUUCAGGGCGAUACCGCCUCUUCCCCGAGUGGGCGCUCCUGUGCACCUGCUCGCAAUCCCACUGCUUCCUCUGCGCCCCCUGGGCUCAGCGAUGUUGCCGCUUGUGCUGGCACCGUGGCUUCGGCUGCAAAUCCCUCUCUUGUUUUUGAAGUGCUUGAGCCUAGUUGCCCGGCAGCCUCAGUUUGCUCCGGUGUACCUGCUCGCAAUUCCGCUGCUUCCUCUGCGACUGGGCCCUUUGAUAAGCCUUUAGGAAGGGUAUCGGACGUAGCGUCGCCGAAUGCCUUCGGUCGCGGUGGCACGCCCAUUUGUGAAGGCCACGCUGCAUGCACCACGAGUCAGCCCGUACCUGACCCCUCUAGUUUCGGUUUAAGGGAUCGUUGCCACCCUAGUUCGCCUCAUAGCCAGGGGGUUGUUAGUCCCGACCCCGUGUGCUCGGGUGAUGUUGCUUCGAGCUCCCCCGCUGCCGAUCCCGCACAGUUUUCUUCACCGUCGAGCGUUCCCGGGUCUCGGGCCUCGACCUUUGAUCCUGCCAACCUGUGGCACGACUUUUUCUCCUGUCUCGGAACUUCUGAUUCCGCGUUUUCGACGUUUUGGCACUCCGUUCGUUCGUUACCUCGUCCUGCUCGAGGGCCCUUGGGGCGCGUGUGGCCCAUGCCCGUGCCCUUUCCUUCGCUGCACCGUGCUAAGGCAAAGCGCCGACAGCCCGAUGCUGCGCGCAAGCUCGGUCUCAAUGCCCUUGUGCUUGCUUUGUCCUGGCUCAGCUUGGGCUGUCCUUCUGUCGCCCCUCCUUACUUGGGCCUCGGGGCUGUGCUCAGCCGGGAACAGUGGGCAGCUGUGAAACGCCUGUCGGUUAACGUGUCAGCUUGGAACUCCUCGGGUCAAGUUGACUGGGCCGCUAUGGGGCGAUGUGCUGCCAAAGUUGAGGCUACCGAAGGAAGCCUCAAGGAACUUGCUCGCCAAGCCAGCUCUACCUUGGACUUCGAGAGCGGCAAGCCUUUAGGCAAUGAAACGGCUCGCGCCUUGGCUCCGCUCGCCUUGAGCGUGGAUCCUUCCCGUAUCUCCUUUACGGGGACUCCUUGCUUUGAUCCUCGGCCCUUCUUGGGUCCUGCCAACCGGCUCUGCUUUGAACGGCCUCUCACAUGGGCUGCGGAGGCAGAGCCCUUGAAGCCAGUGCCAAGAGUGAAGCUUCACUGCAAGCGUGAGCAUCUGAGAGGAUUUUUGGAGCUUCUUGAUGCGGGUGACAGGCUUGAGCUGUUUCCCAAAGACGCCGAAAGAGACCGGUUGGUGCUGGACGCUCGACCCGCUAACGCGUAUGAGGAUCCGUGGAAUCCCUGGGUCCGCUCGCUUGCUUCGGUGGAGCAGUUUCGAUUUCUCUUUCUUCCUGAAUCCCACGACAUGUUGGUGCACUCGGAAGAUAUAAGAGAUUGCUAUCACUGUUUCGAAGUUGGGUCGGAGCGUUCCCUCCGAAACUGUCUCCGCGUCAAACUUCGGCCCUCGGACUGUCGAGGCCUCAAGGCCAUGAAAGCUUCACUCGACAACGAGGACUGGCUGGUCCCCGCGUUGAGGACGGUCGCUAUGGGCGACACAGCUGCAGUGGGGAUGGCGCAAUGCUCCCACCUCGGUGUCAUCCUAUCAACCGGUCGAGUUUCCCUUAGCUCUUUCAUGACUCUUGAAGGCAGGCCUCCUCGGUCCGGGCCGGUGUGCGACUUGGUCAUAGAUGAUUUCGUGUGCCUGGAUCCGGUGGAUCGGCUUGCUCCUUCUCCGAAAGGGCCCGGCAUCAUUCGUGCUGUGCGCACGGCUUACACCACUGUGGGCCUCCCUCGCCACAUUACGAAAGCGGUGGAGGGCGCACCGCGUGCCGAGUUUUGGGGGUGCUCGUUUGACGGGCUUUCCGGACGAGUGCGUCCGAGCAGCAAAAGGGCCGUGCCGCUGGCUUUCCUUGUUUUGCAGCUCGUCACCGUUGGUCGGACUACCGUGGACCUGCUCGAUUCGGUCGUCGGCGGUAUCGUGUCCUGCUUUCAAUCUCGCCGGCGGUGCUUGGCCCUGAUGCAGAGAGUGUACUCAGAUGCCCGUCCCCGUGACCGGACCGAGGUCUUCAACUUGACGCCCCACGCGCAGGGUGAGCUUUUGGCUGCCGUCGCCUUGUUGCCGCAGUGUGACAUUGAUUUGCGUGCCCGCGCUGCUCCUCUGGUCUUGGCCACCGAUGCCUCGAAUGAAGCCGAAGCGGGAGCGAUGUGUGCCGUGCCCGAAGAAGCUGCUCAGGAGAUGUAUCGCCAUACUUUGGCGAAAGGCCUCUGGAACAAACUCCUUUCCCCGAUCGCUGCUUAUUCGCGGUCAAAAGGUGACCUAGCGGCCCAGGAUGAGCUCCCCGGGAUUGGGGACGGGUACUCUUCGCAUCCGCUUUGGGUCGAACUGGCGACUUCGCAGCCGUUUGUUCCCUUCGGUUCAAUUGCCCGUGUUCGGCACAAGCGCCAUAUAAACAUUGGGGAAAUGCGUGCGGCCAUCCGAGCGGAAGAGAGGCUUGCCCGCCUCUACCAGGACAUCCGCUAUGUCCACCUCCAGGACAGCCAAGUAUCCCUUGCAGCGAUGACUAAGGGCCGGAGCAGCUCGGACUCACUGAACAGGGAGCUGCAACGCUCGUUGGGGGUUUACAUCAGUGCUGGACUUCGACCGGGCUACGGGUACCUGGAAAGCAAGCUUAACCCAUCGGACGAUCUGACCCGCAGCGCCCCACUCAGAUCGCCCAGCCGGGCUCCGUCUGCUUGGUUCGAAGGGUUUCUGCAAGGCGACCUCGCCUCACUCCACCGUUUCCUGGAUUCAGUUGGGCUUGGCGCCAGUGUGGGUCUCGAGCCAGUCUCCUGUGAGGCCGAGCCUCUCGAGCCGCGCCAUGGACGCUGCUCGUUGGAACCCAGACUGACGCCGAGCGAAGAGCAUUGGUUACAGGAUCCGAGCUGGCUGUGGGAGCUUCUUCGUGCAGGCGCUUUCGCUGGAGUGUAUGUGUGUCCCGAAGCUGGCACUUUUUCGGCCGCCGUUCGACCACCUCUACGUAGCAGCCUGCAUCCCGAAGGAGUUCCCGACCUUAAACCUGAGGCUCUUGCGAAGGUACGUUUGGCGAAUCACAGAAGCCAUCGAGCUCUGGACAUCGCAGGGGUGGCCGCCGAGAGCGGUGUCCGCCUGCUCGUCGAACAUCCUUACAAUGGGUGCUUCUGGAAACUAGCUGCCUGGAGCAAGCCUUCGUUGGCUAGCAGGUGGCGGGAUUCUGUUCUUGACCUUUGCUGUUUCGGGUCGCCUUUUCGCAAAGCGACCCGAAUACGAGCCUUCAACUUUGACGGUCUGGAGCACAGGCGCUGCCAAUGCGAGAGGAAGCACCUGCAACUUCGUGGGCGUAACCCUGCGACUGGCAAGAGUUGGGCGAGUGAAGCUGGAAAGAAACCGAAAGAGUUCCUCAAGUACCUCGUGCAAGCAGUUCGCCAGAGCGAGCCAAAGUACAACCGAGAACGUUUGGAUGUGGCCGGGGAAGCCGUUGUACCGGGACCUCGGCAAAUCCGGAACCGCCAACCUCUCGAGCUCGCGGCUGUCUCCUUGGUCGAACCGGCGACUGCGGCUCUCCGCGCUCGCUACUGGGAUCUCUUUUCAGCUUGGAUCGACGAAGCCGCUGGGGAUGGAGCGAGCGCAAACGUGCUUCGGCUCCCUUUGCUGCUGGUGUCUCUUCUGGUGCAGUUCGCUCAGUACUUGUACGACGCUGGCACCCCUCUGCACUACUACCGGCAGUUGGUGGCGCAUGCUCAACGUGAAGUUCCGGCCUGUCGUCCUUGGAUUCGGCAAGCUUGGGAAUUUGUAACUCGGUGGGAAAUGCUGGAGCCCUUGCAGCACAGGCCUCCGCUGCCCGAGCCGGUGCUGCACGCCAUUUGUGCAGUGGCGGUUCUGUGGGGAUGGCACCGUUGGGCCGCCGUCACUCUGGGCGCUUUCUACGCCAUCUGCCGACCAGGAGAGUUCGUUCGUGCGUUCCGCGAGCAGCUUCUCACCUCGUUCGACCUCCUGGAAAGUGGUAACGAGUUCUUCUUGCGCAUCCCUGAGCCGAAAACUCGUCGAAGAGGAGCGCGUGUUCAGCACGCGCGCAUCAAGGCGCCGGAGUUUGUGCUCCUCUUCCUUCAGAAAGUGUUUCAGCCGCUUCCUCGUGGUUGCCCCUAUGUCACUAUGUAUCGGAGACGUUGGGAUGCUCUUUUGAAAGCUCUGCUGAUCGAGCCGAAGCACCGGCUCACACCUGGCUCACUUCGGGGCGGAGGAGCUGUUCGAGCUUUUCGCUCUGGGGAGCCGCUGGCUGAGGUGCAGUGGCGCAUGAGACUGCGGCAUCAGGAGACGCUGGGCUAUUAUUUGCAGGAAGUCACGGCCCUGUCACAAGAGUGCAAGGAGCUGCAGCCAGCCUUUCUUCUGUGCUGGCUGUCGCGUGUAGCGGCGCAGACUCGCUGGCCGCGAAGUGAAGUAGCGGUGGCGAAAACUUUCAGCUUUCGAGCUUUCUCUCGGGAAGUGAAGUCCCGAAAAGGCCUAAGUGGCCGAGACUUGUCCGACGCGAGGAGCGGA